AUGGCUUGUGUAGAGGACAUCAGCUCAGAUGAUGAAAUUCAUGAAGAAGUAUCUCGCACUCUAGAUGAAGCUUUCCUUAUCUGGGGGAAAAAGCUGAAGGACAAGUGGCAAGAAUUCAGACUGCACGUAGUUACCUGGAAUGUGGGCACAGCUUCUCCACCUCCUGAUGUCACUAGUUUACUUCAGCUCAAUUCACUGGGCCCAGCUAUGGAUAUGUAUGUUAUUGGCUUACAGGAGGUGAACUCAAGGAUCACAAACUUUCUCUCUGACUUGGCAUUUGAUGAUCCUUGGAGCAUUUUUUUCAUGACUGUACUGUCACCGUUGGGAUACCUCAAGCUCUCCUCUGUUCGCAUGCAGGGAUUGCUACUUCUAAUCUUUGUGAAGUAUGUCCACCUUCCUUUCAUACGGGACAUUCAUACCCAAUAUAUGCGCACAGGCCUCUAUGGAUACUGGGGGAACAAAGGAGGAGUUACCAUUCGCAUGUCCCUCUAUGGUUAUACAGUUUGUUUCAUAAACUGCCAUUUGCCAGCUCACAUGGAGAACACAGAGCAACGAUUGGAUGACUUUGAGAAAAUUCUGGAAAUGCAGUUUGAAGGAGAGAAUGUUCCAAGUACCCUGGAUCAUGACAUUCUCUUCUGGUUUGGAGAUCUAAACUUCCGGAUAGCAGAUUAUGGCAUACAUUUUGUCCGAGAAUCGAUAAAUAACAGACGUUAUAAUCUACUGUGGGAAAAGGACCAGUUAAAUAUGGCAAAGAAGAAGGAAGCAUUUCUUCAGGACUUCAUAGAGGGUCCUUUGCAGUUUAAACCCACCUACAAGUUUGACCUUUAUUCGGAUGUAUAUGAUACGAGUGAGAAGAAAAGAAAGCCAGCUUGGACUGAUAGAAUUCUGUGGAGAGUGAAGAAUCUCUGCCAGCAUACAUCAAAAGAAAGUGAAUUAUCUGAAGAACAGACGAUAUCUGUUACUUUGAAUAACUAUAUCAGUCACAUGAGCUAUGGCAUCAGCGAUCACAAGCCUGUUACAGGAACUUUUGGGCUUGAGAUGAAGCCUCUUUUAUCAGUUCCUUUUGUCACGUUGAAUCCUGAGGGUGAAUGGAGCGCUGAACAUGAUGUUCUAAUCAGCUACUCUGCAGUGCCCGAGUUCCCUAGCAGUGCUUGGGACUGGAUUGGACUUUUCAAGGUGACAUUCAAGCAUGUGAAUGACUAUGUCACUUAUGCUUGGGUAAAAGACGAUGAAAUUUCUUCUAACAGUGACAGUAAACAAGUUUACAUGAAUGCUGAAGAAAUACCUGAUAUGGGAGGAGAAUUUGUGCUUUGUUAUUAUAGCAAUAACAUGCAGUCAAUAGUUGGUAUCAGCCAGCCUUUUCAGAUUCAGCCAAACAGAACAUUAAUGGAAAAGGAUCUGGCACAGGAAGAGAUCAGCUGGAUGCAAAAACCUGACAAUCUGGAAUCGCAUAAUGAAUUUUGAAGUCAGAAAAGGCAUUUAGUGGUCCUGAUUCAGGAGUCAGAGAUGAUUACUUUCUUUGUCUUAGUAAUUGUAGGCAUUUCCUCUUAGAAGAUGGAGUGAGGUAGUGCAAGGGUCCCACGGGUAGGGCUAUUCAGGAAUUUUAUAAGCUCAUAGAAGAUAAUUUAUUGUGAAAACAAGUAUUUUUAUUGUUAUGAUGAGAGUAACUCUAAUCUUGCACUGGAUGGGAACUGCAAAAAUAGCACCUAACGAAACGCUCUAUGGUUUAAGAUGACAGAUGUUUCUAAUCCAGUGACUUUAAGUAAGUUGCAUUCCAUAACAUUUUGGACCUGCUCCUUUACUUUUUUCUUGAGGACGUUUUAUUAGCAAUACAAUUCAGAGCUGUAACCGCUUAAUCACUGGUUUCCAAUGUUUGAGUUUAACUGAAGUUAUUUAAAAAAUUAUUUAUUAGAUACAGUUAUCUAGCUUAUUUUAAAUUUUUGUUUGACUUUUAAAUGUAAGCUAUUUACCUUUUGGGAAACACAUGUGACAAGUCACAUGAAAACAAAAUUUUCAGAGCAUAUAAAUUUUCCUUUGAUAGUAGAAUCCCUGUUCUUCUGCCUUACUUCUCAGUUACAAUUCUUGCAGGAUAUUCCAUCUUUAAUUCUUCCAGAUUGUGAUAUAAUUAUCAAAAUACACUUUCUCUGAUUUUUGGAUUUUUCUUUUAUAAAACAAUUUAUAUAGCAACUUGUCUAUUCCCUUUCUCCCUCUGAUUAAAAAAGUAAACACUCUUACACGAGUCACUGACUUGGAAUUAAACCAAGAUCAUAUCUUUCAGAAAGAAAUGUCUCAUGUAAAGAAAUGAUUUAGUACAGGUGAGCAAAGUAGUUCAAGAAGCACUUGUCAAAGAGCUAAGUGAUCGUGAUACUGUCCUUGUUUUCUGCUGUCAUGUUGUAUUUAGAAAGCUAAAGCCACGUUUAAGUACUUCCAGGAUACCAUUCUGCCACGUAAACAAUUGCUACACUUACUAUAGAGAUGACAUGAAUUAUAAAUGGAGAAUUUAAAUGGAAUAAGCUCUUUUUUAAUGACAUGAUCCAUGUCAUAAAAUUGUAAAGCUCUUCAGUUCAAAGCAAUCAGUCUGCAAAAUUUCUGUUUUUCCAGAGGUGCUUAUACUUAAACGUGUUGUGUACAUUUGAGGGUGGAGGUAGAAUAAGAAAAAUCAAGUAAUUAAAAAAAAAAAAAAAAAAAAAGAAAGGUAGUUAGCUUUAGAAAUGGUUUUGUUUGAUAAGGAAAUGGAGGUCUUUGAAAAGGAUGGGAGGUGGCUCUGAAUGUCCCACAAAAUCUCAGACUGCAGCGCUGAAAAAAGAGCACAGGUUAGUCUCCCAUGUUCUAGAUAACAUAGCUUUCCGCUGCCUACCAUGUAUGGUAAGUAGGGUUAGUUACUAAUCACUGUCUUGUCGGUUAUGAAUGGAAAAGAGAAAGUUCAGCUUGAAUGGGAGAGAGGAGCAAAUAUCAUUGGUGUGUAUGUUUAGAAGUGUUGCUUGAGAACUGAAUGGAUUCCUUUUCGCUCACUUUCUCAAAGCCUUGGUUCUUUUAGUUGGGAUUCUUUUGAAAGAGAAAGUGAGCGCUCUGUGAUACUUGUUUUGCAAUGACUUCCUUAGACAAUUUAUUGCAUAGGCUUCCAGGGUCUGAGAGCCUCUGUGUUAGGGUUUCCACAGUAUACAAACUGGUUAGUUUUGUUGCAAUUUGGAGUUUAAGAAUGUCUAGCUGCUGUAAAUUUUAGUUGUAUCUUAGCCUAAUGCUUGGUAUUGAGAAUUGUUUCUAGUCGUCUGUAAUGAUGGCAGGUUUAGAGGGUACUGUGUUCAGUGCAUGGAUUAAAACUAUCUUGAGGCUUACAGCUUAUACAGUCUUAUUACACUUUAGAGCAAUAUUUGAAACCAUUUUCAUAUUUGUAUGAAUCUCACAAGUUUUUGUUUUGCGCUAAAGCUUUCAGAUACUUUACUUUUCAUGGGAAUUACGUCUUCAGACAAAUCCCUCCUGAACUGCAAAUAACCUACAGUUUUUGAGUUCUUGCUCUGUUUCUGAUAUUACUUGUAUGAUUGUAUUACCAUGUUCCAUGCAAGGAGAUUCCAGUGGAGAGCUCAAAGAUGAAAGAAUUGUGGUCUUUGAAUUCCAGACUGCAGCUGGUGACUUGCUGUGGACCAGGAUCCAGUUUCUUCUAAUUGGGGUGCAUCUGCCAUUCAUGCACAGCUCAGAGGGGGAGUCAUACAGCCAUGCAGAGGCACUUUACAUGGGGAAGAAACCCAAGCUCCUUAAUGUUGCAUGGGAGCUGAUAACCUUCUCAGUCACUGGAGACAGAAGCUGCGUUUUGUAAAAUAAUCCUUUGCACCGCAGGACUUCACUGAAAAUGCCCACAGCAGCUGUGAUUAAAUCUGCUUGUGUGUAAGUAGGACACUGCACAAAACUGUAUACUCCCUUCUUUAGUAUUGUGCACACAGUAGCAGUCUUAAAUAUUGUUUACUACUGUUACCUAUGGUAGCUUUUCAAAGUAUUCCGUGACCUCUUACAACGCAAUUUCUGAUGAAAUUUAUCUUUCUUAAAACACCUGUAAUUAGAUGUUAUAAUCACUGGAAAGGUUUUAAUUCCCAUGUGUUUUCUUUUCAUGUACCACUGAAAUAAAUCCUGGCAGUGAACUGUU